CCCUACCGCCGCUGGAGGAACUUGAGGAACUUGGUUUGCAGCUCGUGUCCAUUGCACGACCUUGGUUUUUUGUUGUUUUUUUUAAAUUGCUGAGUGUGGACAGGCCCCGCCCUUCCGCGCCGGGCCGCUGGGCUGCCCCUCCCCAGCUAUCCCGAGGUGCUCCUUCCCGAACGGCGCUGGAGGGCCUGGCGGCGGCGGCCCAUGGGGCCCAUGGCACUGCCCGCCUGGCUGCAGCCCAGGUAUAGGAAGAAUGCCUAUCUUUUCCUCUACUACUUAAUCCAGUUCUGUGGCCACUCAUGGAUAUUAACAAAUAUGACAGCCAGAUUCUUUUCAUUUGGAAAAGAUUCAAUGGUUGACACUUUUUAUGCUAUUGGACUUGUGAUGCGAUUUUGCCAAUCCAUCUCCGUGUUGGAGUUGCUGCACAUAUAUAUCGGCAUUGAAUCAAACCAUCUUCUUCCUAGGUUUCUGCAGCUCACAGAGCGAAUCAUCAUCCUCUUUGUGGUGAUCACCAGCCAAGAGGAAGUCCAAGAGAAAUAUGUGGUGUGUGUUUUAUUCAUCUUUUGGAAUCUAUUGGAUAUGGCUAGGUACACUUAUAGCAUGUUAUCAGUCAUAGGAAUAUCCUAUGCUGGCCUGACGUGGCUCAGUCAAACACUAUGGAUGCUGAUUUAUCCUUUGUGUGUUCUCGCCGAAGCAUUUGCCAUCUAUCAGUCGCUGCCUUAUUUUGAAUCACAUGGCACUUACUCCACCAAGCUGCCCUUUGACUUAUCCAUCUAUUUCCCAUAUGUGCUGAAAAUAUAUCUCAUGAUGCUCUUUAUAGGUAUGUAUUUUACCUACAGUCAUCUUUAUUCAGAAAGAAGAGAUGUCCUCAGAGUCUUUCCCAUUAAAAAGAAGAAAAUGUGAAGCACAGCAUUCUGAUGUGACAUAAGAAAAAACAGGCUGUGGAUUCCGCUGCAGUAAGCACAAUACAGGAAGCAUUCUGGUGGAAAAAAAUACCUAGUAUUUGACAAAAAUCCAUGACAUGAAAUAAUUACACUCCUUCCCAAACGCUAGACAUAUCACAGCAGUCUAUGAGUCUCACACAGUUUAUUUUCAAAACAUAUACUCUGAACAACCUGUUUCCCCAAAGCUGUGGAUUUUAUACAAGUUCAAUUUAUAUUAGGGGAAGCCUGGUUAUUUCCUUAUAAAGGUAAUAAGAAAUCAGAGAUGAACUGGAGUAGAUUCAAUUAAAUUGAGAAACCAAAGUUGUUAACCUAAUUACAUCUAUUUGUAUCUAUUUCUUUUCACUUCUGAGCUCCCAAAUAACAUCAGAUCCACAGGAGGGGAGCCUGUGAAAUACGCUUUGCAGUUGUCUAGAAUAACAUUUUACGGACAGAUGUCACUGUUCCCAGAGCUAACACCCACCUUAAACAUCAGACUCACUUAGAAAAUUAGACAAACAUUAUCCCAAACCCUGAAAGAGUAUUCAUUAAUAUUAUACAUGUUAUUUGGGUUUUGAUGCUUUAAAAGAAGACCCAAUGAGAACAGAAUACCUUCAGUAAAUACACAAAUAAUGCUCCAUAUUCCUUUUUUAAAAAUCAGGCCAUAUAUACUUUACAGGGAGAUAAAAGUUACAAAAGAAUAGUGAAUCAUUUAAAGGAGGUAAGAAAAUUAAGAACUAGUCAUAUUUCAGAUCAUUUAUUACUGAAUUACUAUUGCUAAUUACUAUACCAUGUCACAUAUAAGUCACCACUUAUAGUUUUGAAAACUCCUACACAUGUGAAUAAUUGACUAAUAGAAUCACUUCUGAACCAUCGGUAUAUCAUUCACUUUUCUUGAAAGAAAUAUAGAAUCUUAUUAUCCAGUAAACUAUAUAAAAGGUACUAAGUUAUUUUGUUACAUAAAAACCAGGUAGGAAAAUGUAAUUAUAUAAAAGUGGUAAUCUCAUACCAGUAAAUGAAACAUUUGAAAAGAAACAAUUGAGCAUUAAUAAAGAUAAUUGAUAACUUUAUAAAUUUAAAUGUCAUAUUUGGAAUUUAAAAAUAAGUAUUAAGAUUGUCCUUUUAAAAAGCUACAUUUCAUUUUGCUUUAAAGUUGCUUAUUUUACUUCUUAAUGAAAAAAAUUACUGAAAGCUUUAGUGUGCAAAGAGAACAGAAUCCCUUCAUAAAUUUGAGGUGACUUUGUCUAGCUUUCUCCCAAUAAAGAUGGCUACAUACAUUGCUGAAAUAUACAUCUAGACUUACUAAAAUGAAAAGAACUAGAGAAACUACACUUUACUGGGUCAUUAUAAGAAAUUAAAAUUGCAUUGCUAAAUAAUACUUUAAUGUUUUAAAGCAAAUUACCUGAAGAACCCUCCUACUUCUUAGAAGACCAAAAAUAAACACAAGUAAAUUUAUAACUAUGGUAAUUUUGAACUAGAGAUGAGUACUGACAAUAAUUUGAGAUAUCUGCAACAAUUAUAACAUAAAAUGAUCUGUGGUUUCCUAUGGUGACAGUCACAAUUGUCAGUAUUACUGUGCUUAGUUGCCUAUAUUCAUAAUUGAAAGAAAUACUAAAUUUCACUAAAGAUUAGUGAAAAUAAGGAUGUAAUUUCUUUUCCCAUUGCAGUUCAUAUUCCCAGAUUAAGAAACCCAAAGAGUAAGCAUCUAGUUCAUUGGAUGUUUCCCAUAUUGCAAAGUUGAUUUCUUUGGCUAUCUGUUUUAACUUGUAGGUCCAUCAAAUCUCCAUUUUAUUUUGUUCAGUGUGGUCAAAGCUUAGUUUCUCAAAUCUAAUUAAUAUGGAUGAAAUAGGAAAUAUUAGAUAUUUUAAAAGUGUAAGACAUAGCUUUUUAUUUUUAAUUUUUUUAGUUGAGCCAU